UGAAUAAGGGCGAUCAGUACUUCAGUACUCGGUCCUCGGUAGAGUUAUAUUAUGCCCGUGGCUAUUGACGUACUCUAUGAGUCUACGACGAUGGAUAUCAUCAUCAUCAUCAUCAUCGAGCUCCUCGCCCACCAUCGCCAUCGCCAUCGCGAUCACCCGAUAAAGUUCCAACAGGCUGGUAACUUCGAGGCUAGCCGGUCUUAUUUUAUGACUUUUGACACUUUUUGAGGCGGUGCAAUAUCCGUUUUGGGCAUGGGAGGCGGGGAAUUACCAAUUACCAUACUUGCUUACAUACCUUACCACGGUUCCACCAGUACUGCCCGCGUCUUCCGUACCUGGGUACGCCGUACGGAAUACUGACUGGUCUUCGCCAGUUGGCAUUGCAUUCUGCAUAAGUGAAGUUGCCCGAGCGUCUGUGGUCCAUCUUGAAAUAUGGUAACGUUGCAGAUGGAGACUGGAGACACAGGAAAAAAAGAAACUAGGAAAUUGGAUGUUUGAUGGAGAAAAGGG